CUUUGUUGAAUUUUUUUAUGGUUAAUUAUAAUUCAUAUUGCUCCAAUUAUUAUUACAAUAAAUUCAUCAAAUUUGUUGUCUUAAAAUUCUAUCAAUAAUUGUAACAAACAAUGAACAAUAAUUAAUUGUUUAUUGCUGCUAAAAAAAUAGUCGUUCAUCUUGUGUUAUAAUAUUAACUGGAGCAUUGCAAUGCCUCUCGAGAUGAUGUCAUCACGAGGAAGCAGUUUAUUUGGCUCUGAUAAGAGUGACAGGAACGAUAAUCACCAGGUUGAUGAAUCAAUGAAUACAUCAGACAUACCAGAGUCUCCUACUGGAUGGAACUCAUCCGACAACUUUGUCAGUUGGUCAACGUUUUGUCAAAACAUUGAUAAUCAAAAGUUGAAUCUAAUCAUUGAUGUUAGACCAAAAAAUGAUUUUGUUAAGAAUCAUGUUAAGAGUGAUCGUAUUGUUUUCAUACAAGAAGAUGCCAUCAAGCUUGGAGAAAGAGCAUCUGUAUAUGAAGCAUAUCUUCAAGAAACAAAACUUAGCAAUUCAGUCUACAACAAGGACACACGUCAGUACAAUGAUGUUACACAUCAAAAAUUAUUUCAUGAACGUUAUUACGCUGGUCAAGUAUUUAUCUUAGACUGGUCAACAACAAAAGACAACAUCACAGAAAAUCGUAAAGCUGAAUUAAUGAGAAUAAUUCUAACAAAAUGGGAUUUCGAUCGUUGUAAAAAUGUAUCAAUUGUUGAAGGUGGUUACUCAGCAUUAAUUACAAAUUGUCCAAACAUAUUAACAAAUCCUCAUGAUAAAUUAAUACCGAUACAUGCAUUCCAACAUCGUGAUGAACCAAUUGGUGACAUUGAAUAUCCACAUUGGUAUUUUAAAUUUAAUAAAAAUGACAUUUCUCCAGAUGAUUAUAUCUCCAGUGAGCUACAAAGAAUACAAUUAAUACUUGAAAUGAAAAAAUCAUGUAGAGUAUAUAAUACUGUAAUACAAUUAUAUGAAAAACUCAUUGACAUAAGAAAAAAUGAAAUUAAAUGGGAAAAUAAUUAUAUUAAUUUGACUAAAGAUUAUUCGAAUAAUUAUUCUUUAUCAAGUACAAGCAGUGAUCGUAAAUUAUUUAAAUAUAAAUUAGCAAGAGAAUUUAAUAAACUCAAUAAUAUUACAAAGAACAAAGAAUAUAUUGAGAAUAAAAUUGAAAAUAUCAGCUACAAUGGUAUGAUGAAAUUGAACAAGCAUGAAAAGAUUAUCCAAUUUUUACGAUCUUCUUAUCAGUCACUUGUAAAACGUUUGGAUAAUUUACAACAAGAGCAUGUUAUUUGGGAAGAAAAAAUAAUGCAACUUUAUUCAGAGUUUGAUGAUAAUGAUGAACAUGAACAUGAAGAAGAAGAGGGUGGUGAAAAUAACAUAGAUGAAAGUCAAUUACAAUUGAAUAACCAAGGUCAACAAACAACAGCUCGAGUUGAAACAUCAUUACAAUUUCCAUUGACCAAUACAAGCUUCAAUCAAAUUCGUAAUAAUCUUCAUGAUGAGCUAACUGAUUCUCAAAUACUACCAGAUGUUGAUAAAAUAAAUAUAUCAACUAAAAAAAAGAACAACAACAUUAAACCAGCAACUAGAUCAAAAAUUAAACCAAAGAGAAAAACAAAUUUGAAAAAAACAUUACAAACAGAAGAUUUAAUUUUAUCAAGAUAUGAAAAUGAUGAAGCUAUUCAACAAGAACCUGGGCUAAGAGGUCUUGCUAAUAUUGGUGGUAAAACAUGCUACAUGAAUUGUGCAAUUCAGUGUCUUGAUAAGAUUGAUGAGUUUAAAAAGCAUAUAUUAAAAAUGAAAUACGAAAAAGGAUCAGUUGCUGGUGAAUUUAUCAAAAUGCUUAAAAAAUUAAAUGAAAUUGAUCAACCAGCAUUUACACCUAAUUCAUUCAAGGAUGCAUUUAAAAAACAUGUUGGAAUUCAAAAAAAUUUUAACGUUGAUGAUCAACAAGAUUCACAAGAAUUUCUGACACUAUUAUUCAAUGAACUUCAUAAUGAUUUAAAAAGGGAAAAUGAUGGAAUUUUAUCAGAAGAACGUUCGAUUAUCAAAGAUACUUUUGAAAUGACAGUAAGACAAAAAAUUCUAUGUCAAUCUUGUUUCAAUGAGAAUGAUUCUAGAAAAACAGAAUAUAUUUUAUUGGCUCCUCUGCCAGCUGAAGACGAUAUUUCACUUGCUAAUUGUCUUAAGAAAUAUUUCGAGGAACAACCAUUGGAUAAUACAAAUUGUGCAGUUGAUGGUUGUGGUAGUCAAAGUCGUACAAUAAUAUUGGAACCACUUGAACUUCCACCAGUGAUGAUUAUUCAACUGAUGCGAUUUUGUAAUGAUGGAACAAAAAAUAAUUGUCAUGUUGAUUUUCCAACAAAAGGAUUAAAGAUGAAUAAAUUUUUGGAUGAUGAUGAUGAUCAGCAAAAUUCAAUGGAUCAGCAAGAAGAGUUUGACUUGGUUGGUGUUAUUGUUCAUGAAGAUACUAGUGGACAACAAUUACUCAAAGUUGGUCAUUAUUUUUCCUAUAUAUUUCAUUCUGAUACCAACAGCUGGUAUGAAUUUAAUGACAGUAUUGUCAAGAAAAUUGAUGAAUCAAUUGUUACAAAAAAAGAUGAUAGAAAAACAGCCUACAUGUUGUUUUAUAAAAAAAAAUAAUAACAAG